AUGUCUCUCGUCGUCCCCGAGCAGCACCAGCAAUUUCAACACAUUCUCCGUCUUCUCAACACCAAUGUUGACGGCAAGCGCAAAAUCAUGUACGCCCUGACUGAGAUCAAGGGUGUUGGUCGCCGGUAUUCCAACCUUGUAUGCAAGAAGGCCGAUGUCGAUCUCAACAAGCGUGCUGGUGAACUGAACUCGGAUGAGCUCGAGCGGAUCGUUACCAUCAUCCAAAACCCCACUCAAUACAAAAUCCCCACUUGGUUCCUCAACAGACAGAAGGACAUUGUGGACGGCAAAAACUCGCAGAUAUUGUCCAACGGUGUCGACUCGAAGCUCCGUGAUGAUCUGGAGCGGUUGAAGAAGAUCCGUGCUCACCGUGGUCUCCGGCAUUACUGGGGCCUCCGGGUCCGUGGUCAGCACACCAAGACCACCGGUCGUCGCGGGAAGACUGUCGGUGUGUCGAAGAAGCGUGGUUAG